AUGUCUGAUACAAAUUCCCGAAAGCGAUCCAGAUCGGCCGGUAGGUCAGGAUCUGAUGGCGACUCGUCAGAUGAUGAUGAUUUUGGCCCAGCCUUGCCCUCUUCAGUCCCGCCCAAGAAGAAGCGCAAACUGCCCUACGAGUCCCUCUAUGUCGAUGCUUUGCCUCGAGGACUGAAGUACUCCAAGUCGUUGAUGCACAAAGAUCAGCUCUCUACUAUUACUGUUGCUCCCUCGCCAGCAGAUUUUGUUAUUACAACUUCUGUGGAUGGAGUAGUCAAGUUCUGGAAGAAGGUGGCAACUGGUAUUGAAUUUGCCAAGGAAUAUCGAGCGCAUGAAGGUCGGAUAGUCAGCUCUAGUGUGAGCACUGAUGGUGGACUCUUCGCGACUGCUGGUUAUGAAGACGAUAAUACCAUCAAGAUCUUCGAUGUCAUCACAUUCGAUCUGCUGUCUAUUCUGAAUCUCGAUCAAGCAGCCUCCUGCAUAUGCUGGGUACAUCGAAGAGGUGCAGUCCCUCUCUUGGCAGCUGGAGUAGGGAAGGCGAUACAUCUCUACGAUGGACGAGGUAAUUCGUCGACACCUCUCCAUGUCAUUCCUGCUCUUCAUCGGGCCCCAAUAGUGGCCUUGGCUUACAAUCCUGCUUUCGACUGUGUGGUGUCAGCCGAUUCGACAGGCAUGAUUGAAUACUGGCAGCCAGGAGACAGUUAUGAAAAGCCAGACAAUGUCUUCAAAAUGAAGGCAACGACAAACCUAUUUGACUUCAAGAAGGCUAAAUCAGCGCCCGCAAGCAUCACCAUAUCACCAUCUGGCCACCAAUUUGCGACGAUAUCUUUUCCCGACAGAAAGGUACGCGUGUUCGAUUUCGCCUCCGGAAAAUUGUAUCGCUCCUAUGACGAGUCCAUUGAAACUAUUACUGCUAUGCAACAAGCGGGCACUGCACUUCAGAAGCUGGAGGAAGUGGAAUUUGGACGCAGAUUGGCAGUUGAACGCGAUCUCGACAAUGCAGUGAUCCGGCCUAGGAUCAAUGUUGUGUUCGACGAGUCGGGUCAUUUCAUUGCCUAUGGCUCGUUGCUCGGUGUGAAGGUCAUCAACACCCUCACCAAUCGGGUUAUGAAAGCAUAUGGGAAAGAUGAACCGUUCCGAACAUUGAACGUGGCUUUGUACCAAGGAGCACCGCAGAAGAAGGAUGUGGUGACCAUCUCCAUGGCUGCAAGUUCGAAUCCCUUGCUGAGCGAAGCGGAGGAAAGAGAUCCCAUGCUUUUUGCCACUGGUUACGGGAAGGUUCGGUUCUACAUGUUUACCAAUGAAACAGAAAUCACCAAAUCGACUAGAGAUGUCCAGAACGAGAAACCUCGAGUUAUUAGUGGUAAGAAGAAAGAAGAAAAGCAGACCCAGAGCGGCACGUCGGCGGUGCUACAUACCAACUAUGGAGAUAUCCAUAUUCGAUUAUUCCCGGACAAGGCACCGAAGGCAGUGGAGAACUUUGUGACGCACUCGCGAAACGGAUACUACAAUAACACGAUCUUCCACCGAGUUAUCCGUAAAUUCAUGAUUCAGGGUGGCGAUCCGCUAGGAGAUGGGACUGGAGGAGAAAGUAUCUGGGGUAAAGAAUUCGCUGACGAGUUCUCGGAUUUGAAGCAUGACAAGCCAUACACGGUGAGCAUGGCAAAUGCUGGUCCCGGAACCAAUGGGUCACAGUUUUUUAUCACAACUGAAAAGACACCUUGGCUGGACAACAAGCAUACCAUAUUUGGUCGAGCAUACCAAGGGCUGGAUGUGGUCCAUCAGAUUGAGAAUUCCAAAGUGCGGAAAGAAAGGCCAGAGGAGGACAUUAAGAUAGUCAACAUCUCUAUUACUUAA